AUUUAUAUUUAUAUAUAUAUAAAUAUAUAAUGAUAAUAAUUAAUUUAACACCCGCUCAAAAAAAAAUAAAAUGGAGUGGGUCUUCUGUACAUUGUAUAGGGGUUGUCUAAAGUAAAGAUUUAUAAUGUUAAACCUAAUGAUUUAUGACUGAAUUAAGCUCUUGGUUAUCAAUCAAUAUGAAUGGUAAUCUUUGGCGACGAGAGUCUUCUAUUUAUACAGCAAAUGAAAUACAGUAUCCAAUGAUGAUGGCUGACGAGCGACUCGCGUAUUGGGCUCAUUGUCAUAACUAUCAAUUAAGCGAUAAGAUAGGUGAAGGCUCAUUUGGAAAAGUUUUCAAAGCUUUGCAUACAAAAACAAACACAAUAGUUGCCUUCAAAUUUAUUUUCAAGCUUGACAAAUUAAAAACAUUACAACAAGAAGUUGAAAUUCAACAAAAAUUACACCAUCCAAACAUUGUUAAAAUGAUCGAAUCAUUUGGAAAUGAAAAUGGGAUUGCUUUGGUCAUGGAGUUUGUGCCUAGAUCCCUUAAAGAAAUCAUAGAAACUGAAGGUAUAUUGAGUGAAGAAAGAACACAGGGAAUUAUAUGUCAUCUCGUAUCUGCUUUACAUUAUUUACACAAGAAAAAUAUUUUACACAGGGAUUUAAAACCACCAAAUAUUUUAUUAGACAACAAUGAUGUUGCAAAAUUAUGUGAUUUUGGUUUAGCCAGGUUUAUGUUAACUGGUACUCAAGUAUUAACUCAAGCAUCACUCAAAGGAACCCCUCUUUAUAUGGCUCCUGAAGUGAUAAAUUCUCCUGUUAUACCUCCAAUAUACAAUCAUAAUGCAGAUUUAUGGUCAUUGGGAUGUAUAGCAUAUCAUUUACUCUGUGGAAAACCUCCAUUUGAUACAAAGUGUUUAAUGCAUUUAGUUCAAAUGAUGAAAGAUCAACCAAUAAUUUGGCCAAAUACUGUGUCAGCUGUUUGUCAGAACUUUUUAGAACAACUGUUGCAAAAAAAUCCAUUACAAAGGUUAACGUGGCCUGGCUUAUUAGAACAUGAAUUUUUAAAAAACAAAGUAUAUAUAAUGGAUAUGGAACAAAAUGAGGAAGUUGAUAUCUUAACAGAAUUUGAUGAUAUUGUGUCACCCUUAAAAUCAAUGAAAAUAAAUGAGGAAGCAGAAGAUGAGGAAGAUGAAGAAGAAGAUGAAGAAGAAAAUGAAGAAGAAGAAGAAGAUGAAGAAGAAGAAGAAGAUAAAGAACACUCGGCUUGUUCUACUAGUCAUGAUUUUACUUCUAUAGAAGAAACAACUGAAGAAGACUUGCGUUCAAGUCAGUCUGGUUGGUGUUCUGAAACUUGUCAAGAGUUAGAUGUGGAUUGUGAUAAAACUAACUCUUCAACUAAUGAUACAAAAUCUAAUGAUUUUAUGAGUGAAGAAUGGAUAGUAUUUCUAAAGCAAAGUGCUUCUGAAGUUGUUUCUGGUAAUAUAACAUCUAUGACUCAAAAAAGUUUUAUUCUAGUAAUAUUGUCUCCUUUAAAAAGUGGUACCAUGCCUUCCAAAUUAUUACACUAUGUUGUUACUGUUUUGGCAAUACCUUUUGUUACUCCGAAUGUUCAACAAACUGAGAAAGACUUAAUUACUCAAAUUUAUAUUGAAACUAAAGUCAUACCGUGUUUAAUGCAAGCAUUUUCUAAUGCUUUCAAAUCUACUGCUCGUAAUUGUGUAUCACCUGUACCACCAGACAAUAUCGGCAUUCAAGAAUUAGAUAGUUUAGGAUCGGUGCUUCUAUUAGUAGAAGGACUAUGCUUAGAUAAACCUAUUGAAUGUCUUAAGCAAUUUACUGAGAGUAUCUAUUUUUUGAAAAUUCUACCACUAUUACAAAAAUGUUUGUCGUUGAGUCACGGUAAUACAAAUUUGGUUACUAAUACACUUGCCGUAUUAAUAUUAACUUUAUUAUAUUUACCAUGCAAUAUUAGUUUAGUACAAGAUAUAGUUAUUGGCAAACAUUUAGAAGGUAGGAUUUCAAAUGUUGAGCUACAUAAAUUGCUUAGAAAUAAUGAAGACCCAUCUAUAAGAGAAAGAACAUGUGUUCUUUUAUUGCAUAUGACUAGACUAAAUCCUAAUUGUCUUUCAGAAAUUUGGCACCAAACCCUUACCAACGAUAUUGAAUUUUUAAAAAAUGAUCCAUGCCCCAAUGUUGUUCAGGCUGCUAUUUAUACAUCUGAGCUAUUGAAAAAAACACAAUUCUACCAAGUGGAAACGGAACAAUAGAGUAUAUAAUCAUAAUUAAAUCAAUAAAUUGUUUUUGUUUUUAUUUGUAUGUAUUUUAAGACUAAGUAUUAUGAA